AUGGAGCCUCCCGUCGUCUCAUUCUACGGCGCGGAGCCCAUUCCGCUCCCGUCGCGCUUCGCCGGCGUCAAGAAGCGCCUCAUCGCCGGCCACGAAGCCGCCGUCGAGGCUUCUUGGCGCCGUCUCCUCGACGCCCUCAGAACCGAAAUCGCCGACAUCCAGACCAAGGGCUCCGAUCUCAUCCCCUCCAUCAACUUCACCGACAUCAACGACCCCGUGCGCGUCGAGGCCUUCGCCCACCGCCUGCGCAGGUAUGGCGUCGCCGUCAUCAAAGGCGUCGUCUCUCCUACCGACGCCCAGAGCUGGGUGCAGGAGACGCACGAGUAUCUAGACAAGAACCGCGAGUUCAAGCCGCCGGCACUACACGACCCGACCUGCAUCGACCUCUUCUGGACGCCGGUGCAGGUCCGCGCCCGCGCGCAUCCCAACAUGCUGCGCGCGCAGAAGUUUGCCAUGUCCUUCUGGGAGUCGACGGACGAUCUGCACAUCACCCGCGCCCCCGUGAGCUACGCCGAUCGCCUGCGCAUCCACAACGACAAGCUGGGCGCCGUCGGCCAGCAGAACGGCAACUCGGCCGCCGACUCCCUCAACGCCAGCGCCGUCAUCGCCCAGAUCGACAGCGGCAGCCUCGAGCGCUGGGAGCCCGACGGCUACGGCCGCGGCGGCACCUACGAGGCCGUCUUCCGCGGCGACUGGGAGUCCUACGACCCGUGGGACCCGGCCGGUCGCGUCGGCGCCACCACGGACCUGUACAACGGCGCCGGCGCAUGCAGCAUCUUCCGCAUGUUCCAGGGCGUACUGGCGCUCACAAAGGUCGAGCAGGGCAUGGUGCGCGUCCUCCCCUCGCCCAAGCUCGUGGCCGCGUACUUCCUGCUCCGGCCCUUCUUCUCGCCGAAACGCGGCCCGCCGGAGCAGCCGGACGGCGGCAAGGCGGAUCAAUGGGCGGCCUACCUCGACGCAUUGAACUGGACGCUCGACCCGGAGCCCAACACCAUCAUCCACGGCGCCGUUCCCGGCCACGCGCAGCGUAUCACGGAACGAUGGCACCCGCAUCUGCAUCUCCGGAGGAGCCUGGUGUCUCUGCCCAGCAUGCAGGCGGGCGACUAUGUAAUCUGGCACUGCGACCAGGCCUACUCAAUAAUCACGGGUGGCACGAGACUCGGCGUCCCGCCCUCACUGCAGAACGAGUCUAACGAGCUGUCCCUCUUGACUUACACCCCUGUGUGCCCGUUAACCCAGACCAACGCGCUCUUCCUCGCCCGCCAGCGCAAGGCCUUCCAGACCGGGCAGCCGGGACCGGACUUUGACACCCUGUUCGCCCUGGGCAGCGAGGCCUCGCACCAGGACCGUCCCGGUGCCAAGGAGGUCGAGGAGUACGGUGGAGUCGACGGCCUCAGGGCCAUGGGUCUGGCGCCGUACGACGUCGAGCCCGCCGGCGCAUCGCCCAAGAGGGAGCUGAACGGGGGUGGUGACGCGAUGGACAUUGACGACGAAGAGGGCUUGCGCAACAAGUCCAGGACGGAGUCGGAGCAGGAGCUUCUGAGGCUCGCCAACAUCAUCCUCUUCCCCAACCGCUACGACUUUUACAUCCCGACGAACGGGAACGGCACCCGAAGCAGCGGUGACCGGACGCCGCGCGCGCAGGGAGGGCCUCCAAAGACCAAAGACGACGAGGACGAGGACGAAGAUGAUGAGCAUGAGCCGGAGACCGUUGUUGAGACCGAGACCGUGGCCUCCAAGGUCAACGAGAAGGAUACCAUAACAGUCACGGUCACCGCGGCGGAUGUCUAG